AUGUCGGCAGAAGCAGUCGAGACGGGUCCUACCACGCAUCAACGCAAAAAGCCGAUUCGAACAUAUGGGAGGCGGUCUGCCGCCGCAGCCGCCAAAGAAGACGCAAAACCCUCGACGCCGCGACAGCUGAGUCCCGAAGGUACGCCAGCACCACAGCUACCGCCGCCCAAUUUAGCUGCUACCGUUCCUCCGUCUGUCGAAUGCUGCCCGAAACCCAACGCGCCCAAGUCCGGCUCGAUCCUGUCUUUCUUCAAAGCAAAGCCCAAGACACCCGCACCCAGUACCAGUAAAGCGACUACACCCGCACCACUUGCCUCCGACGAGCUGACAUCGACACCUCCAUCACCACCGCCCUCGGGCUCCGGACAGAGAAAACGCCGCAGACUAACGACCCGUCCGACCUUUGACGAUGAUGCCGCUGGCGAUAAUCAAGCAGGCAAAAAAAGGAAAGAAAGUGGGGACGAGACGCCAGAAGCGAGAGAUGGGACACCAAUCAACACAUCGUCAGCUUCUACAACCGAGACCGAUUCGACAGCAAUAACUAUCUCGACACAGCUUGUUACCCAAAAGAAACGCACAGCCAAGGCCCCAGCGAAGGAAAUGGUGCAGACCACGUUAAGCCUCGCAAUUGGUGAGCCCCGGCCCCAGUUCAUUGUUUGCAAAGAAUGCAGUAUGCUCUACAACCAUCUCAAUGACAAAGACCGGAAAGACCACAAGAGGGUGCACAUGGCUUAUACCCGGAGCAAAAAUAAGGAAGUGGAAUAG